AAGACAACAACAUAAAAUAUUUCUGACUAGAUUUUCUGGGUGCUCUUUGUUUUUCUUUUUUCACUUCAAAGGAGAAAAAACAAUUAACAAACAGAGUUCGUGAGGGUUGAUUAUGUUACAUUUUGUUGCCAUUCUUGGAAUGCUUUAAAAGGAUUAGUUACUCACUGGGAGGGAAACAAAUAAAAGAUCAUUUGGGUAAGGCAGGAAAUUAUACUGAACAUGAGUGAAGCAAACCAAGGGAAUAAUCCUGAUGCUUCAGCAAUUGUUCCUCUGAAACGCAGGCGUGGUCGUCCACGCAAGUACCCUAAAAUGGAGGUUGAUCAUGAGGCGAAUGCACAUGUUCCAGGGAUUCAAAAUCUAAACCAUGGAGAGAAUGCUCAUGCUCCUCCUGGAUUUGGAGUGGUCAAUAGUAAUCAGCCACAUCAAGUAGGUCCAGUUAACAAUGCAAUUGAUGCCAUGAUAGACCAGUCAGUGUAUGGUGUCAUAGAAGCAACAUUUGAUGCUGGAUAUUUGCUGAAUGUUAGGGUUGGUGAUACAGAAACCACUUUGAGGGGUGUUGUUUUUAAGCCUGGACAUCACAUCCCUGUUAAUCCAGAAAAUGAUAUUGCCCCAGAUGUUCCAAUGAUCAGAAGGAAUGAGAUUCCCCUUACAAGAGAAAGCAAUAAUCAGGUACACACCCGUAAGCCUGGGCCUAGAGGUAGAAAUGGAACUGCUCAUGCUGACCAUGCUGAUCCAGUUGGCUCAAAAGGUAAGCAGGUGCUUUCAGUGGUACCCCAAACUCCUACAAUAUCAAGAGGCAAUGUAGUUCCUGUUGUACUUCAGCCAGUCAAUCUAUCAAAUGGUGCCACAAACCAAACUGCCCAUCUGGUGCCUUCAAAAGGCAAGCAGGUUCUAGAUGCUGCUCAUUCAUCAAAUGGAUUAACACCAACAAAUGAGAUUAUACAAUUUCAAUCUCAAAAUAACCACCAGGUGAUAACAAGUCCAUUAAAUCAAAAUCCAGCAGGGGGACUACAUGAAUCAGAAGCCAGCCCGCUGAAAACAACUCAUAUGCCUUUUGAGAAACUGUUAACUGAAGUCAUCAGGAGGGUUCAUGCUCCAUCACAAUCAACAGAGACUAAUAGCAGCUUAGCUGUUAACUUGCUUGUGGAAGAUUCUGGUAUUGUGGAAAAAAAGGAUGGCAGUGACACAGAACAGGCCCUGUCUGUUAAACCGCUGCAAGUUUUACAGCCUAUUGUUGACAGCCAUCCUGCAGUUGCAUCUAUACCUUCUGAGGACUACAAGACUGGAAAAAUGACUCAGCUCUUGCAGGAAAACAUGACAUUCUGAUGGCUCAGACUGAGGAGCCAGCUGCGGGUUCCAGAUUGAACUAGAUAAUUUGAAAAGCCCAGAAACCGAGGUUGGAAGUGAAUGGAGUAGUAUUUCUAAGAUCAGGGCAUGGGCAGAUGGUGUACCUGCUGCUUCUGGACUAUCUGACAUGUGUCCCGAGAAUAAAUUGCUAGACUUGUACAAUUCUAUAGAUAAUUAGCGUCAUAAACCAGGUAGAGGCCACAGAAGAUCCAUCUUUGCUUGAAAGUGGGAGGCUUAGUGUCUCCUCAAAGACUUUAAUUUAUUUUUUCUUUACAGUUAUAAAGGAAACCUAGGUGCUUGUUAGCAUUUGGAAUUGUAAUUUAUUCACAGUUUGAAUUGAAGGAUAGCUUCUUAUUAGACA